GAAAAAGUCCUCUCGCUUCUACCUCUGACUCUGACACCUUGAGUCGCACUUGGUCAUGUGUUUAUCUGCAUUCAAAACGCUCCUGCUGCUCAUCAGCGUGGUUCAGCCCGCACUAGUACUGGCGAAUACCGCUUGCCCGGCUGAAGUUCCCGCCUUAGUCGAGGCCGAGCCGUUCUCCCAGACGAUCUUCGACUAUAUCGUUAUUGGUGGAGGAACGGCCGGUGUGGCCUUAUCUGCAAGACUGUCAGAAGAUCCAUCUCUAGUCGUUGGUCUUAUUGAAGCAGGAACUACGCAUUUCAGCGACCCAGUUGUUGAUGCUGCUGGGAACUCUCCCGUGGGUAAUUCGUCAUACGACUGGCUCUUUCUAUCAACACCCCAAGUGAACGCAGCUAAUCAAACAAUUUCAUUGCCAAGGUUGAUCCCCCUCACAUCUCUAAUCCGAUCGUCUGCUAACGGUUCGGUCUCAAGAGGUAAAAUGCUCGGAGGGUCCAGUGGUAUCAACUCAAUGGCGUGGUGCCGUGCCUCAUCCGCCGAGUACGACUCUUGGGACAGCUUCGCACCAAACCAAGGAUGGACGUGGUCGGGUCUUCUACCUGUCAUGAAGAAAACGGAGACGCUUUCUUUACUACCGCGGAAUCCAUAUCCAGGAAUAUCACAGCAAGCAGCUGAGAAGACGUUAGCGGACCUGACUCAUGUCGACGGAUUUUCUGGACCCAUAAACGCUUCUCACACGCCAUUUUAUUUUGAGACUGUCCCGAGCUUAGUUAAGAGCCUCAACGGGCUUGGCAUUGAAACAAAUCCGGAGCCGCAAGGUGGCAAUGCGACGGGCAUCACGGACAUUUUGCUAUCGUUCGAUCCCAAGCACGGCACCCGGUCAUAUUCAGCAGUGACUUAUUUCUGUUCUCAUUCACAAAACCCCAAUUAUCAUGUCCUUCUGGAUGCUCAGGCGACGAAGAUCUUAUUUUCGGAAACGGAUUCUGGUCUGACCGCUACCGGCGUCCAAUUCAUCAGCGGAAACAAGACGUAUAUCGCUAAUGCAACGUGCGAAGUGAUUCUCUCGGCUGGCACUGACCAGACGCCUCAACUGCUGGAGCUUUCUGGUAUCGGCAACUCAUCUAUUUUGAGUGCUUAUGACAUCAAUCCUCUCGUUGAUCUUCCUGGUGUCGGCGAGAACUUCCAAGAGCACCCAGUUGUCUCCGUACAAUUCGAACUCAUUCCCGACAUCAAUACUUUCGAUAUAUUGAGGAACAAUGCGACCUUCGCUGCGCAGCAAGAGGCACUUUACGCUAAGAACCAUACAGGCCUCCUGACAGCCACAGAUAACACUGCCGCGUUCGUGCCGCUGGCGAAAGUUGUAGAUGCUGCUCGCCUGGACGACCUGUUGGAUAUCUUCGAUCAGAGCAUGCAGCAGGGUCUGCAAACCGGCGUACAGCAACAGCAAGCCAAGUUUAUUCGCCAAUGGAUUUCAGAGGAUAGCGUUGGCUCGGUUGAGAUUAUCGGGUGGAGCAGAGGUGUCAUUGACCCUGCAGCGAACAAGAGUUAUGUCACGCUGAUCAACGCUCUGCUCCAUCCGCUUAGUAGAGGAAGUGUGCAUAUUGCCUCCAGUGAUCCCUUGGCGCCUCCUGCGAUCAAUCCCAAUUUCCUCGCACAGGAGUUUGAUGUACAGGUGCUCGUAGAUAUUUUGAAGUACGCCCAGAAGAUUGGUCAGACGGAGCCGUUCGCAAGUCUGGUAGCGGCACAGACGAAUCCGAGCAUGUCAGCGCAGACUGAUGAUGACCUCAUCGCAUACAUUCGUAGCAGCGUCCAAGGCGAGGAUCAUCACAUAGGUACUGCGGCGAUGGCUCCUCGGGAACUUGGUGGAGUGGUCGACGGGACCUUGAAAGUCUAUGGAACCACCAAUCUCCGGGUUGUGGAUGCGAGCAUCUUCCCCAACCAUAUCGGAGCGCACACGCAGGCAACUGUAUACGCUAUCGCCGAGAAGGCUGCGGACAUAAUCAGGAGCGGCUGA